AUGGCGGACGUCGUGAAACCCCCCAAGCCAGCAGCUCAUCCUCUUAAGCGUCUGUUAAAGAAAGCUUCUCGAUCCAAGGUCUCCGUUUCAUCACCAGAAACAACGACAGAAAUAGCGACACCCAUUGCAGAGGGAGACCAGAGCCUAGAACGACAGACAAGUAUAGCACUUACCGUUCCCGAUGAACGUGCAGAGCAAGCUGAACCUGAAUUGCAACCGCAGUCACCUGUAGCUGAAGAAGUUUCGUUACCAGUCUCACCUAGUUCUGGCAAACGACGGACUAGUAUCGUGGACAAACUCAAGAAGCUCGGAAAUGACCGCAAAGACAAGAAGGGUUCCCCUAUCACGAACGCGCUCUCAGAACCGGUCGAUGAGGCCAAUGCUGAUCUUGCUGCAGCAACCACGGAGGGUGGUCAAGACGAUAGAGAUGGGGUGAAACCGCUUGAUGUGGCGAAGCGUGUCAGGGAUCUCCUCACUUCAUCUCCGCCAUUCUACCCAACCACUUUAAUCGCCUCCAAACAGCCAAAUGGAACACCGUCGAAAGAGGUGGGGAUCGAAGAUGCACUACAGGGAGCACAGUUUUUGCAACUCUUAUCCAAUCAAACCCUCAUGGCCGGGACAUCUAACCAGGAAUCCGUAUGGUCAAUCCUAGACCGUACCGCCUUUAGCUUUAAAUCCAACCUUCAUGCCGCAUCAGGUGAUAGCAUUACGACCUUUGAUGAGCUACAGCCAGAUAGCUCCAUCAUGUUGUGUGCACCAUUGUUCCCAGACGAAAAUUCCAAGGUCGAAUUGGCGGAUUUCACCCUAGUAAAAGUGCCGCUUGAUGAUUUGGACAAACAGAGUCUCAAUGCAGCAUCCUGGUGGCCACCAUGGGAGUGGGGAAAGAAACCAAAGCCUGCAGACCCCUCCUACGAAAACCGUAAGAGUGUGGAUACCAAGUACAACACAGAACCGGUCGUGAAAGUUCUCGACGACAAAUCCGUAGAGGCCGUCAAACGAGUUGCCAUCAUUUCAACUGCAUUGGGAUGGCUGGUGAACCACAUACCAACUGCUGGCUUACCUCUGGAAUUGCAAGCCGUACUUACAGUGGCGAAAGCCAUUGUACCCAUUAUAGGCAA